AUGAUAUCCCUUUCCGACCUUCCCGAUGACAUUUUCAUUCAUCAAAUUUAUUCAUUCAUGGUUCAUCAUCACGGCUAUGAAUAUGACCGUUCCGCAAAAUUUUGGUUCUUCAUGACUGCGUCUUUAAUUUCAAAACGAUUUUAUAUCUUGUCGUUACAAUGUGAACAGGCGAUGAGGAUUUGUUUAAAUUCUAACACUGUAGAGUCAUUUCUGAAAUUUUGCAAAGCAGGAAGAGGCUGUUCAUUUAGAAAACUUUCAAUUUCCUAUGCAACGGACUUUAAACUCACAACAGACAUGUUUGAGAACUUAUUGAGCUCGAAUUUCUGUUCUCUCAAGAAUCUUGAUCUUGGAGUGGGUGCACAGGGAUGGAAUUAUUGGAGAAAUGAAUUUGGAGCUGAGCGAUGCAGAAUUUUGACGAAAUAUUUUCAAACAAAUUUUCCAAAGCUCGAAAAAUUAAGUUUAAUAAGCAAUCAAAUUGGACUUCAUGGAUGUGUAGAGUUAGACCAUAGAUCUUUGAAACAAUUAACUUGUCUUCAAUUGGACAACUGUGAUAUUUAUGAUGAAGCUUGCAUGCAUUUAGCACAAGGAAAUUUGUCGAAUUUGACAAAAUUAGGCCUCUAUCGAAAUUCUAUUGGAGACGAAGGAUGUAAAUAUCUAUCGAAUGGAAAAUUGGUAAAACUGAAAUAUCUUUACUUGUCUCACAAUAAGAUUGGUACUGAAGGAUGUCAACAUAUUGGAAUGAAUUCAAGAGAAAAUUUACCAGCUCUUGAAGAGUUGACAUUACUUCACAACAAGAUUGAUGAUGAAGGAUGCAAACAUCUUUCUGAAAUUUCUACUCUCAAGUAUUUAUCAGUUGGAGAUCAUUGUACCGAUGAUGCAUGCACACACCUUGCAAAGUUGCAAAAUUUGACACAUUUGGACCUAUCUACUAGCAGCAAUGUUGGAUGCUCUGGAUUCUCUGUGCUCAUGACUCAAUUAACACAACUCACAAGUUUGGAUCUAUCUAAAUCUUCACAAUUGAAUGAUGCAGCGAUCGAGUCUAUUGACCUUGAUUGUUUCAAACGAAUAAGUACAUUGAAAUUAUCGUCCUGCUCCCAAAUCACCAACAAGACAAGUCAAUACUUGAUCAAUCAUGCACAAUAUUUUUCGAGUUUGAAAACAUUAUACAUUCAUGGAACUGAAAUUAGUGACGAUGAAAAGAAAACUCUUCGUUCCAAGUUUCCUGACUUGUAUAUCGAUCGCAUGGUUAGGCGUGUGUAUCCCUCUACUUUUUUCAAUAUUUACGAGUAA